AUGGGUCUACUCCUGCCCCUGGCACUCUGUGCCCUGGCCACAUGCUGUGGGGCUACAUCUAUGCCCCAGCCAGUCCCCAAGCCCUCACUACUCCUCCCCCGGGGCUGCAAUGACUCAGACGUGCUGGGCUUCGCUGGCUUCGCCCUGGAGAAUAUCAACAAAGACCGAAAGGAGGGUUAUGUCCUGAGUCUCAACCGAGUCAGUGACGCCUGGCAAUACAGACAGGAUGUUCCGGGAUCCCUGUUCUAUCUCACUCUAGAUGUGUUGGAGACACACUGCCAUGUGCUCAGCAAAAAGUCAUGGAUGGACUGUGAAGUGAGGGACCUACAUGAAUCGGUUUAUGGUCGAUGCAAAGCAAUGUUUUAUGUUAAUAAGCCAAGAAGAAUUCUCUAUUUAGUUGCCUAUAACUGUACCGUUCGCCCAGUUUCUCGAAGAAAGAUUCAUAAUACGUGCCCUGACUGCCCAAGUCCCAGCUCCGCUGAUUUGUCAGAUCCCAGAGUUUUGGAAGCUGCCACUGAAUCUCUUGCAAAAUACAACAAAAAGAGCACCUCAAAACAAUAUUCUCUUGUCAAAGUCAUCAGGGCUUCCAGUCAGUGGGUGUUUGGUCCUGGCACCUUUGUGGAAUAUUUGGUUAAAGAGUCACCAUGUACCAAAUCCCAAACCAGCAGCUGUUCACUUCAGCUCUCCGACUCUGUGCCCGUUGGUCUUUGUAGAGGUUCUCUGAAUCAAAGAGAUGAAGAUAAAUUUAUCUCAGUGGCUUGUGACUUCUUUGAAUCACAGGCUCCUGCUCCUGGAGAAGCAAACCCUGCUGCUACCCAGGGGCCUGCGAACCUCCCCAAGGUGGAAGAGCCCCAGUGGAAAGGCCCGGCUCCCAGCAAUGUACCCUCAGAGGCUGUGCCCAAAGGAUCGGUCCAGUACCUCCCUGACUUGGAUGAUGAGAAACCUGGGGAUUCCCAGGCAAUGGGCCCCCAUGAGGCCUUCCCUGUGCAGCUGGACCUGACCACCAAUCCCCAGGGAGAAGCCCUGGAUAUCUCCUUCCUCUUCCUGGGGCCCAAAGAGAAGAAAUUACUUGUCCUUCCCUUCCCCAAAACACUGAAGCACCCUGUAGAGUGCCCAGGGCCAGCUCAGAACACCAGCCCUCUUGUUACUCCACCAUGA